AUGGGACCUCCGAAAAAUUUCAAGCAUUUCAGUAAGAGUAAUAAACACAAAAAGGAGCAGAAAGCCCUGAUUACUCAAGAAGAUUUCUACCUGGCAGCGAUCGACUGUGAAGAACAAGCAGACCGUUGGUUGCUAUCGGACAUAAAGAAAUGUUUGCGGUUCUAUCUAAAGGCUCUAGAGCACUACGAAAAUGGUCUGACUGCUUUAGAUUCCACGCAGGAAGGGAAAUAUAAUAUCUAUUAUAAUGAAACAAGGCUUUUUUUGCAAAUUUAUACAGAUUAUCUGGCCAAUAACGGCUACAUUAAUAUCUUGCAAUACGUGAAAAUGGAUGAUAUGCCUGAUCUUUCCAAUUUGGUGUUAUCUCUGCCACAGAUUAUCCAACGGUUUGAAAUUGUUUAUGAGACUUUCCCAGAACAGAGAACUUGGGAUCUUCAAUUCAAUCUAUUGACAUGUUAUUUGACUCUCAUAGAGUCCCUAGACGACACCGUUUCGCCCACCGUUGCAAUGGAAGGUGCAGACAUUUUAACUUUGACAAACAAGUAUAUUGAAAUCUUUCAACACCUGGUUAAUUAUCUGUUACAAGAACUACAAAACUGGAGUGAAAAUGCAGAACAAGAUUCCGAUGACACAGAUACGGAAUUGCAAAGAGAUACUUUGGAUGAAGACGCGAUGCAAGUUACCAGGGACGGAAGUGGUAUCCGAACCAAUGGACCUGUACAACCUCCAGCAGAAGUUAUGGACGUUUCUGAACAAGUGACUCCGUCUUCACUUACCGAAGUACUCGCCAACUCUUUAAAGUUCAACCAUGCUUUGAUGGAAUUGGUUAUUGAGUCGAAAAUAUCUAUUGAAAAAAAUGUCGAAACGAAAAUCUUGAAUCCUAUUCAGAUUAAUUUCUUGGAAGAUACAACCAAUAAAUUCUAUUUACAACUACGCGACAUUAUAGACUCCAUUUCCGCCGCCAUUCCAUUAGAUUUGAAGGAAAUCGGUUUAGCCAAGACUUUAAUUGAAGGUUUGAACAUCAUUAGCUCCGGAACCUUCGAGUCAUUGCAAGAUUUUGUUCUGCAAACCGUCUCCUUUACCGAUCUGCUUGAUGAAAAAGAUGUACAGGGUAAGAUUGAUCUUUCGUUGAUUAGAGUUGAUAUCGUUGAAUUUGCCAUUCUAUGUUUAAACGAUUAUUCUUCAGAUGCAUCUUGGAAACUCUCUGGGUUAUUGACCAAAGUUCUUACAGAGGCUAGAACUUUAUUAACAGACUAUAGAAAUCAAAUCUUGUUUCUGAAAAAUCAGACAUUGAACGAACAAUUGAGUCACGUAGUUUUUCAACUUUGUGAUGUCUUAGUAAAUUCCUCCGAUAAUGAACUGAGAAGGUACGCUAUAAAAGAAUCAACUGAAAAGUCACAAAAAACCCCCGGGGGAGCGCAUACUUUAAACAUAUUGAUGAAAAACGCUAACGUUUUUCUGAAUAAUGCUGUCGCUAUCUCAUCAAAACAGUGCGGGUUACAAGAAACGAUUAUUGAUAAACUGAAGAGGAACUAUAUCCAUAAUCAAGCCAAGGAAAGACUACUUUUCUUACAGAGGCUGGAACAGAAGUCAAAUGAGGAUGACGGUACUUCUGCUUCGCCUACCGCAAUGACGUUCGAUAUGCCACCAGAACACCCUUUUUAUAGCCACUAUCGGUAG